AUGGUUCGCUACGCUCCUCAUCAUACCCCACGUCGCGGGCGAAGAAAGCUUGGCAUACCGGACGAUCCCCGGGGAAUAUAUGCCGGCGGCGAGACGCAGAAGCUUCGUGCAGAAGUGCGGAUACGGCUCAAGAACUUGAUUAUCGACGCGACCGGAGAUCCUCACGCCGCCAUGUGGUAUACUCCCAGUCUGUUUUAUCACAAGCUUCACAAGGGCGAGUUACUGCGACUGCUGGACUUCCUCAAAGAUGGGUCCAUAUACUUCUACGAGGUCUCCGACUGGGAGUAUUACGCCUACGCUAACGACGUCGAAGGGGUGGCUCCGGGGAAGUUCGAAGGUCUCGGUAGUCUUCAUUCCGGGCGGUCAGACGUCAAGAAGUCCCGCUUUGAUAAGGUGACUGGUCAGCCUAUCUCCACUCGAAGAAGGCUCCGUCGUACUGGUGUCAAGACACCGAAAUACUUGUGA